AUGGCCCCUAGCACCGCCGACGUCGCCAUCCAGGCCGCCAGUGACGGCAACCUCCGCCUCCUCAAGGGACUGGCGAGCGACCUGGAACUGCGGGGCGUGAAGGGCAUCAAGGGGCGGAGCCUGCUCCACUUCGCGGCGGCUGGUGGGCACCUCGAGGUCUGCAAGUUCCUCGUGGAUGAAUUGGGGUUCCAUGCCAACUCCACCUCCACGGUAGGUGAAUCGAUUUGUGCUGGCCACAACGUCCUCCCCGUUCUGAGGUACCUUCUGGAACGAGGCGGCGACCCGGCCUUGCCAGAUGCCAGGGGAUCCACGCCGCUGCACAAUGCGGCGAAGUAUGGGCACGACGAGGCUGUAAGACUGCUGCUGUCCAAGGGUGUUCCAGUGGAUCCUCUCAAUCAUCAUGGGACGCGGCUGCACGUGGCUGUAGGAAAGGACCAAGACCAGGCUCUGAAGAUCCUGCUGGAGCAUGGUGCUGAUCCCAACAGAGUUGUCGAUCAUGUCCUUUCUCCACUCACGUUGGCAUGCAUUGGGUGCUCCUUGAAGUGUAUGAAGCUGCUGGUUGAGGCUGGUGCUGACGUGAACUUUAAGAAGGUUGGAGCUGGCCCUAACAUUCAUGACAGGAAUGAAAUUUUCCCAAUCAUGUUAGCAGCAGCUCAUGAGCAUCGUGAGCUUGUCGAAAUUCUAUUUCCACAGACGAAACCAAUUCCUUUUGUGCCAGAUUGGAGUGUGGAUGGGAUUAUUAGAACUACGAAAUACCUUCUUCUCAAUUCUGAGGUCUCGGUGGAAAAACAGAUAGAUUAUUUCAAAUCACAAGGAAAGGAAGCAUUUGCAAAGGGGGAUUACCUUGAUGCAGCCUACUUUUAUCUGCUGGCAAUAGAGAAAGACCCACUUGAUGGCACCUUAUUCUCCAACCGGAGCCUAUGCUGGUUGCGUCUGAGAGAAGGGGAGAAGGCCCUGUCAGAUGCCCAGCAUUGCAAAACGUUGCGCCCACGUUGGGCGAAGGCAUGGUACCGUGAGGGCGCAGCUCUCAGCUUGCUGAAGGACUACAAAGGAGCUGUCGAUGCAUUCUUGGAAGCUUCCAAGCUUGACCCUGCCAGUGACGAGAUCCAGAAAGCAUUAAGGGAGGCUGUAGAGUCUACAAGGAACGCCGGUUACUCCACGAACCCACCAGCUGCUGCUGCUGCUGCUGCUGCUGCAUCUAUUCACAAAUCUGAUACCUCAGAUUGA